GGAAGUAGCUCAACAAUGUAUGCACAAAAUGCAGAUGUUGGUAGCUCCAAGUCUGAGACAAAGAAGCAGCCAAGCAUUCUUAUAACAGCUCUAUCAUUUGUCAUCGGAAUGAUCGUCUGAAUCAUCAUUGUAUCCAUAAUUAUUUACAAACUGAUGGCAACUGGCUACAUCAGACUUGGUAAUGAACAAAGCGAUGAUUCUGGAGGUGAACAGGAUGCCAAUAGUCAUCACAAUGAAGGUGGACCUCACACCAUUGUAGUUCAUAUAAGUGAUAACCCAGCUUUUAAUGAGCAUGAAACUUGUUGAAUCUGAAUGGCUCCAAUAAACGAAUCAGUGGAUGCCCAAGAUAUAAAACACUUGUUGGAAUCAGCCAGCUCAUGACCAAUCUCAAAAUCUGACACCAAUUCUCAAAGACCUGCAUUGAUAUUCAACAUUUCAGAAACAACUGUCAAGAACCAAGUAGUGUUUGUAAAAAUCCCAAAUAAAGCAGAUAAAACUGACUCACGAAACCAAUGCUUUAACAACAGCUUUGAUGAGCGUAUAUCGAAGCCCAUACAGCUUCACCCAUGAUUGCACUCUUUCCACCAAAUUUGUCUGACUGGCUGGUUGCAAAACUCUGUUUCAUGUCCAAUCUGUCGUGAAGAUGUAGCCAAUGCCACUUAAUUCAACUUGAGUAGA